AUGAAGCUGGUGUUCAAAAAUACUAGCAUCGGACCGCUCCUCACCUUACACAAUGCUGCAACCAGUCUUCCUUUGACUCUGCACUUGCAGUCCUUAGCGCCCCAAGCCAUGUAUUUGGCUGCGUAUAGAAGAAUGUACCGCCUUCGACACUUCGUCAACAGGUCUGAAUCAAGCAUUGCAAACUAUCGAAAUGUGCUUCGACGGCGGUUCACCAAAACCAAUUUCAACAUUCGCCGUAUUAAGGUUCUUGGAAUCGACCAACCGCUUACACAUGACGAAAUGGCUGGACGUCUAGCCAAUACCAUUGCAUUCAUCUUCAACUCGACCUGUAACAUAUCAGAUACUGUUCCAGAUGUCCAGUUCUACGAGGACCUAAAAUCUGCCUCAAAAAUACGCAUUGAGACGUCGGUGGUAGCUACCAUUCUUCUAAUGGAGAACGAAAAGCCGCCUGCUUUAAAGUACGACUACUCAUAUAAAUGGGUGGAUGAGACAAGACGGUUUUACGGCGAAUUGGAGAAACACAGCGCAUCGAAAAAGGAAUUAAACAGGCUAUACAACACAGGCAAGGCGAACUUUGCAGGGUUCCUUCAGUAUGAGACGACAGUGAUGGGACUCAAUGAAACUCAAGGUCUUCUACUAUAG